AUGGUGCGAUUAUGGUCGAUCGCAAAGGUGCGAAUCGGGAAAGUUUCGAAUUUCUGCAAAGACGUUGGAGGUGAGAGACGACGAUGGUUCACGAGCAGAGUGAUGAGCUUCGGCGACGGAAGCCAUGGAGCUUUGGGGAUGUCAGGCACGGGAAUGGGAACAGACGCUUACGAACCCACCCUCGUUCCUAAUUUGCCUUCCGAUGUCUCCUUCGUAUCCGCCGGACACUACCACUCCCUCGCCGUUACAUCUGGCGGUGAGGUUUGGGCUUGGGGUCGCAACGUGGACGGCCAGCUCGGUCGAAUCGUCAGAAGUUCAAGGAACGAGCCGAAGAGAGUGGAAGGUCUAGAGAAUGUGAAUGUCCGGUCAGCAUUUGCGUCUGGAGUGGUUUCAACGGCAAUCGGAGAAGAUGGGUCUUUGUGGGUGUGGGGAAGAUCGAAAAGAGGACAACUUGGUCUUGGAAAAGGUACCAUUGAAGCUCUAGCUCCUUCAAGAGUUGAAACUUUAGCUGAAGAACACAUCGUUAAGGUGUCAUUAGGUUGGGGACACGCACUUGCGCUUACUGUGGACGGUAAAGUCUUUGGUUGGGGUUAUGUAGCUGACGGAAGAGUAGGCAAUGUAGGACUUCCACUUGAGCCAUCUCUUCUAGAUUCACUUACAAAUGGGUAUGAUGAUGAUCACAAGGCUGCUGAUUUGAAUAUGGAGGAGGAAGCUGAGAGGAAAGUUGCAGAAGCGAUGAAGAAGGAGAACAACAUGCCCAUAGCUUGGGAGCCUCGUCUGGUGGAAGAAUUACGCAAUGUGAAGGUAGCAGAUAUUGCUUGCGGGUCUGAUCAUUCUUUAGUUCUUUGUGAUGAUGGCACGCUUUUGAGCUCUGGGAGCAACGUGUAUGGUCAGUUGGGUCGUGGGACUAAGCAAGAGCUAGGAAUGUCACCUGUUGAUAUAGCCGGAUCUCCGGUUUCUAUAGCAGCUGGUCUUGGUCAUUCUCUAGCUAUCUGCAACGUUGACUCAGACUUCAACACGAGGAUAGUCUCGUCAUGGGGUUGGAACCGGAGUCAGCAGCUAGGGAGAGGAAAACCGGAAGAGCUGCCAAGAGAUGUGGAGGGUUUGGAUGGUGAAACUCCAGCUUCCGUAUCAGCAGGGCGUGUGCAUUCCUUGUGUGUAACAGAUAAAGGAGAAGCUUUGGUUUGGGGUUGUGGGAAGAAUGGUAGGCUCGGUUUAGGGAGCUCGACCGAUGAGCCUGAACCGAUGUUGCUGGAAGACGUUGAGGGCUCUGUUCUUCAAGCAGUUGCUGGGUUUGAUCACAGUCUCAUCUUAGUGACUGACUCAGAUGUUUGA